UGAUAAACUACUGCCGGACCCGACCCAAGACCCCGACAGAACCCCUCGUCGCCUGUAUUCGACGAUUGCCCCGUGUUGUAUACAUCCAUAAUCCAUACCGUUCUUUGUUCUUGAUACCUUUUCUUUACAGAGAUCAGUGAAACAUUGCCGACCCACUGACGAUCAUUCCGAAUCGACGAGCUCGCGCGCAGAUAUGAUGAAGACCAGCCUUUUACGGCAGGCCGCCGCGACCCGCGUAGCCCUCGCCGUCCGUCCGGCUCAGGCUUCAUUCAGGGCCUCUUCGGCCGUCCUCGCUCUCGCGCGAAGCUCACGACCGUCCCCGGCCCUCCCUCGUCCCGCCAGUUCUCUACUCCGGUUCUAUUCGGCCGAGUCCGCAGCCCCUCAGACCUCCUCCGAUAAUGGCUCGUCAAACCUCGUCACUCGCUUCGAAGACCUGCGCAGGCUCGGCGUUCAUGAGCAUCUCGUUAACUCCCUCACCAAGGGCUUGGGCUACGAAACCAUGACCGAUGUCCAAAGCAUGACCAUCAGUCCCGCGCUUGCCGGGAAAGACGUUGUUGCCCAGGCAAAAACCGGUACCGGCAAGACCUUGGCCUUCCUCGUCCCCGUCAUCCAGAGGCUCAUCGCUAGCCAACCGGAGCUCGCAUCCCCCCGCGCUGGCGGCCGCGCCAGGUCCGACGACAUUCGCGCCAUCGUUCUCUCGCCUACCCGUGAGCUUGCCGAGCAGAUCGGCGUCGAGGCGAAGAAGCUCUGCAGAGGCACCGGCGUCGUGAUCCAAACCGCCGUCGGCGGAACUCAAAAGAACGCAAUGCUGCGCAAGACGCGUAUCGAGGGCUGCCACUUGCUGGUCGCCACCCCCGGCCGCCUGCACGACCUCCUUUCGGACCGAUCCACCGGGAUUGACGCUCCCAACCUCGCCGCCCUGGUGCUGGACGAAGCCGACCGGAUGCUGGACGUCGGCUUCAAGGCGGAGCUCGAAAGCAUCCUCGACUACUUGCCCCAUCCCGUGGACGUGCCCCGCCAGACCCUGCUCUACUCGGCCACCAUUCCCAAGAACGUGGUCAACAUUGCCCGAAAGUUCAUCAACCCGACCAACUUCGAGUUUGUCCAGACGGUGAGAGCAGACGAAGUCCCGACGCACGAGAGGGUACCGCAGUUCAUCGUCCCUUGCCGCGGCUUCGAGAACCUGCCUCCCACCCUCCUGGAACUGGUACGCCGCGAGCUCCGCAAGACCUUGGACGACUCGGACAAGCUCCCGUUCAAGGCCAUCGUCUUCCUCCCCACGACGUCGUCCGUCCAGGCCUACGCAACCAUCUUCCGCCGCCUCAAAUUCCAUGACCGCCUGAUGCCGAGGAUCUUUGACAUUCAUUCCAAGCUGUCCCAGGCGGCGCGGACGCGGUCCGCCGAUAAUUUCAGGCAGGCCAAGAGCGCCAUUCUCUUCUCCUCGGAUGUCUCGGCCAGAGGCAUGGAUUUCCCCAACGUGACCCACGUCAUCCAGGUGCACCUCCCGCAAGAUCGCGACCUGUAUAUCCAUCGUAUCGGCCGUACCGGCCGUGCGGGCAAGCAGGGCGAGGCCUACCUCCUGACCGCAGACGUCGAGAUCCCCGCCGCCAGGAGCCGGCUUCCGGGUCUGCCGAUCAAGCGCUGCACCGACCUCGAGUGUGCCUCGAUGGACGUGGCUCGGGCGGCCGACGUUCCUCAGGUGAUUGAGGACAUCAAGAACGCUGCGGUAAAGAUCCCCUAUGAAGUCGUGAAGGACACGUAUGCCUCGCUUCUCGGAAACGCCAUCAAGGACGUCGACAAGCAGGACGUCGUCUACGAACUCAACAACAUGGUCAAGUACAUUUUCGGCUUGGACCAGCCCCCGGCCCUCUCGACCAAGUUUGUCAAUCAUUUUGGGCGCCACAUCAAGGGCUUGCGGACCGUCACGGCCAGGGAUAUCGAACCCAGGAGGGAAUAUGGCAAUCGGGGCGGCAGCUACUCGGGCCAUGGCGCCCGGUCCGAAGGGUUUGAGAAGUUGGAGCGUCUUGCCGCCAACGAGAAUGGCGGCAGUCGUGGUCGGGCUCGGGCCCCUCGCCCUGCCUUCUAACUUCCUGCCAAGGUCGGGUGGUUCGCGGCGAGUUAAGGGGGGGACACUUGGCGUCCUCGCCC